ACAAUACAUAUAUUUAUAAAACAUCUAUACGCAGGUGCAAUUAAUAACCUGGAAUUAUACAAGAAAAAGUCUAGCAGAAAAUGAGGUUGGCACUUUUAUGAGUUGGCGAUCAUGAUUAUUAUAACCGGCUUUAGACGUGUCUACUUAUUCGGUUAGUUAUUGCAUAUGAUAUUAAUAUUAUCGAUUCUACAUUAAUACGAUUAUAUAGUAAUAUUUAUCAGUUGCUGUUUAUGAAAAAAGGGGAGCCUGUGCAUCUGUUUAGUUUGCUACGUGUCGAUUAGUUUGACUGAAUAAAAAUUUUGGAUAUAAGACUGCGUAAAGCCAAUUGCAGCACUCCAUGGAGAUCAGAUCAUUUUGAGAAUAGUUGAAAGUGAGAAAGCUCAAGAAUCUCCAACGAGAUAAUCAACGAAAAUUUAAAGUAGAAUAUCAAUUGGAAAAGAACAUGCAACUUAACAAGGCAACGGCUGCAAUAGCUGCAAAUCCUCCGUCUUCUGGCAAUAAAAAGAUUUCUUUUUUCGAUAAGAAACCUAUCGUUAAACAGGUCAAAUCAUCUACAUUGACGAACAUUGCUGGUCUCAAUUCUCUCAUCACCUUCACUGUCCUCCUGCUUGCAUGGAUUUCCGGCUUUGCCUCGCGACUCUUCGCCGUCAUACGCUUUGAAAGCAUCAUUCACGAAUUCGACCCCUGGUUUAAUUAUCGAGCAACAGCAUACAUGGUUCAACAUGGUUUUUACAAUUUUUUAAAUUGGUUUGAUGAAAGAGCAUGGUAUCCAUUGGGCCGUAUUGUUGGUGGAACAGUUUAUCCAGGCCUAAUGAUUACCUCAGGAUCAAUACAUUACAUUUUUUCAUCUUUAAAUAUACCAAUUCAUAUCAGAGAUAUUUGUGUUUUUUUGGCACCAAUAUUUAGUGGACUUACAGCAAUAUCAACAUAUUAUUUGACUAAAGAGCUAUGGAGUGCAGGUGCUGGAUUAUUUGCUGCUUGUUUUAUUGCCAUUGUUCCAGGUUAUAUUUCAAGAUCAGUGGCUGGUAGUUACGACAAUGAGGGCAUUGCUAUAUUUGCAUUACAAUUUACCUAUUAUUUAUGGGUGAAAUCUGUCAAAUCGGGUUCAAUUUUUUGGGCAUCUAUGACUGCUCUAUCUUAUUUUUACAUGGUUUCUGCUUGGGGAGGAUAUGUUUUUAUAAUUAACUUAAUACCUCUGCAUGUUUUUGUAUUACUUAUUAUGAAUCGUUUUAGUCAACGUCUUUUCACAAGUUAUACAACUUUUUACAUCUUGGGACUUUUAUUCAGUAUGCAAAUCCCAUUUGUUGGCUUUCAACCUAUUCGAACAUCUGAACAUAUGGCUGCUGGUGGUGUAUUUUGUUUGCUUAUUCUCAUUGGAACAUUAAAGUAUCUUAGAACUUUCUUAACAAAAUCAGAAAUUAAAUACUUUGGUGGAAUUGUUACUGGUAUAGCAAUUAUAUUACUGACUGUUUUAAUUGGCUUAACAUAUGCUGGUUUUGUAGCACCAUGGAGUGGAAGAUUUUAUUCCCUUUGGGAUACUGGCUAUGCAAAAGUACAUAUUCCUAUAAUUGCUUCUGUAUCAGAGCAUCAACCAACAACUUGGUUUAGCUUUUUCUUUGAUCUACAUAUUCUUGUCACAACCUUUCCGGUUGGACUUUGGUAUUGCAUUAAACAUAUCAAUGAUGAACGAGUUUUUGUGGUAUUAUAUGCUAUCAGUGCAGUAUAUUUUGCUGGUGUAAUGGUUCGUUUGAUGUUAACCUUAACCCCAGUUGUCUGUAUGCUUUCUGGAAUAGCAUUCAGUGGCCUCUUAGAACUCUUCUUAAAAGAAGAGGAUCGUGAUGAAAAUAGUGGAUUGAAUGCUAGUGAAGAAGAAAGUGAGGAAGAGCAAGAAAAAAGUCCAGGACGUGCGCUAUAUGAUAAAGCUGGUAAGCUUAGAAGAAUGAAGCAUGAGAAACCAAAAGGUAAUGGGGACGGUCUUGGAUCAAAUGUACGCAAUGGAGUUGUAUUCUUUAUAUUGGUGCUGUUGAUGAUGUUCACUGUACACUGCACUUGGGUAACAAGUAAUGCUUAUUCAAGCCCAUCAAUAGUAUUGGCUUCUUAUAGUAAUGAUGGUGGAAGAGCGAUACUUGAUGAUUUUCGUGAAGCUUAUUAUUGGCUUGCUCAAAAUACUCCUACUGAUGCCAGGAUCAUGAGUUGGUGGGACUAUGGAUAUCAAAUAGCUGGAAUGGCCAAUAGAACAACCCUUGUAGACAAUAACACCUGGAAUAAUUCUCAUAUCGCUCUUGUCGGUAAAGCAAUGAGUUCCAAUGAAAGUGCAGCCUAUGAAAUUAUGACAUCCCUUGAUGUUGAUUAUGUGUUAGUCAUUUUUGGUGGAAUGAUUGGCUAUUCUGGUGAUGACAUAAACAAGUUCUUGUGGAUGGUGAGAAUUGCUGAAGGUGAACAUCCUCAAGAUAUUCGUGAAGGCGAUUAUUUUACUGAAAGAGGAGAAUUUCGCAUUGACUCUGAGGGAUCACCAACACUCCUAAACUCUCUCAUGUACAAACUUAGUUAUUAUCGAUUUGGAGAAGUUAAAAUUGAUUAUCGCUCACCAUACGGUUACGAUAGAACUCGCAGCGCUGAGAUUGGUAAUAAACAUUUUCAGAUCACAUACUUAGAAGAAGCUUAUACCUCGGAACAUUGGCUUGUUAGAAUCUACAGAGUAAAGAAGCCAAGUGAGUUUAAUCGACCAAGAAUACCAAUAUCGAAACGUCAAAUUAUACGUCAAACUAGUUCAUACAUCAGUAGAAAGACUGCUAGAAAAAAAAAAGGUUAUAUCAAGAAACGUCCAACAGUCAUCAAGGGUCAGAAACUGCAAAAAAGGAUAUCAACGUAACAUAAACAACAUUCCACUCAAAAAUACAUAUUUUUUUUCAAAUUUAAAAAAUCACCGUCCCUUGGAUCUUCAGAUCAUGAUUUUUAUUAUCAAUUGUGCAAUUAUGAAGUAAAAUGUUUUCCUAAAUACAA